AUGCCAGUGAUAACACAAGAAGGAGCAGCUAUAUCCUUGUUCAGAGUGCAGGAAAGGUUAUUUACAGAAGUCCAGCCUGCAUAUACAGCAGAGAUCUUACACAGGUGA